GACACAACGAUCGGAUUACAAGAUGGCGGCCUGUGGACGUUAGCAAGGAGGCCGUUGGAGUUGUUGUGUUCUCCCUGAAUUUUACUGUUUGAUAUUAGGCCUCCUGUUGACUUUAUCCACGCCGUAAACGUAAUAUGUCUUUGAAGUAGCUACCGACAUACUUUACUGCUAUUGCGAACUUCCCUCAGACGUGCAUGUUUAAUAACAUGCAGGUGGAAACAAAGUUAACAGGUCGAGGAAAACACUAGACGGGGCGAGGUGAUAGCUAGUUAGCAGCCAGCUAGCCUGCUAGCUCCGACUCGGUUAACCAUGUCGGACACUCGGCGGCGAGUGAAAGUAUAUACGCUGAAUGAUGAACGGCAGUGGGACGACCGAGGCACUGGCCACGUUUCGUCUACAUUUGUUGAACGCCUACGGGGAAUAUCAUUAUUAGUUCGGGCCGAGUCGGACGGAUCACUAUUGUUGGAAUCGAAGAUAAGCCCGAAUACUGCAUAUCAAAAACAGCAGGACACACUCAUUGUCUGGUCAGAAGCAGAUAACUAUGACCUUGCCCUAAGUUUCCAGGAAAAGGCUGGCUGCGAUGAGAUCUGGGAGAAGAUUUGCCAGGUUCAAGGCAAGGACCCUGCUCUGGACAUCACCCAGGACCCCAUCGAUGAGUCUGAGGAGGAGCGGUUUGAGGAGAUUCCAGAGACGAGCCACCUGGUAGAGCUGCCUCCUUGCGAGCUAAGCCGACUAGAGGAAAUUGCUGACCUGGUUACCUCUGUCUUGUCCUCACCCAUCCGAAGGGAAAAACUCGCUCUGGCCCUAAUGAGUGAGGGCUACAUCAAGAAACUUCUGGGUCUCUUCAGAGUAUGUGAGGACCUGGACAACCGUGAAGGCCUACAUCACCUCUAUGAGAUUGUCCGGGGUGUCUUGUUCCUCAAUAAAGCUGCCCUCUUUGAGGUGAUGUUCUCUGACGACUGUAUCAUGGAUGUGGUGGGUUGCCUCGAAUAUGAUCCUGCACUGGUUCAGCCUAAGCGGCACAGAGAAUUCUUGACCAAGACAGCAAAGUUUAAAGAGGUGAUACCUAUCACAGACUCUGAGCUGCGGCAGAAAAUCCAUCAGACCUACCGGGUUCAGUACAUCCAGGACAUCAUCUUGCCCACGCCAUCACUCUUUGAAGAUAACUUCCUGUCCACGCUCAACUCCUUCAUCUUCUUCAAUAAGGUGGAGAUUGUCAGUAUGUUACAGGAGGAUGAAAAGUUCCUAACAGAAGUGUUUGCACAGCUCACAGAUGAGGCCACAGAAGACAGUAAAAGAAGAGAGCUUGUGAACUUUGUCAAGGAAUUUUGUGCUUUUUCACAAACGCUGCAGCCACAAAACAGGGACGCCUUCUUCAAAACCCUGGCAAAUCUAGGAAUUUUACCUGCUCUUGAAAUAGUCAUGGGAAUGGAUGACCUGCAGGUGAGGGCAGCAGCUACUGACAUCUUCUCUUACCUGGUGGAAUUCAGCCCCUCCAUGGUCAGGGAGUUUGUCAUGCAGGAACCUCAGACAGACGGCGAUGUUCUGCUGAUAAAUGUCGUGAUCAAGCAGAUGAUUUGUGACUCUGACCCAGAGUUGGGAGGUGCGGUUCAGCUGAUGGGUCUACUUAGGACUCUCAUUGACCCUGAGAACAUGCUGGCUUCAACCAAUAAAACAGAGAAGACAGAAUUUCUGAGUUUCUUCUACAAGUACUGCAUGCAUGUGCUCACGGCUCCUCUGCUGGCAAAUACUGCACAUGACAAGAAAGAGCUGCAAGAGGGAUCAACAAAGAUCAAUCCAGUCUGUCCAGACAACUUCCAGACAGCUCAACUGCUGGCACUGAUCCUGGAGCUUCUGACCUUUUGUGUGGAGCACCACACCUAUCACAUCAAGACUUACAUCAUGAACAAAGACCUGCUCCGGAGAGUGUUGGUGCUCAUGAACUCAAAACACACUUUCCUUGCUCUUUGUGCUCUGCGUUUUAUGCGCAGGAUCAUUGGUCUAAAAGACGAAUACUACAACCGUUACAUCAUCAAAGGGAACUUGUUUGAGCCUGUCAUUAAUGCCCUGCUGGACAAUGGCACCAGAUACAACCUCCUCAACUCAGCCAUCAUAGAGCUCUUUGAGUUCAUUAAAGUGGAGGACAUCAAAUCUCUCAUAGCUCACAUUGUGGAUAACUUCUACAAAGCACUUGAAUCCAUUGAGUAUGUCCAGACUUUCAAGGGCCUGAAAGGCAGGUAUGAGCAGGAGAAAGACAGGCAGAGUCAGAGACUCAACAGAUAUCGCAGAGAUGCGCGGUCGUUGGACGAGGACGAAGAUUUGUGGUUCAACGAUGAUGAUGACGAUGAUGACGGAGAGGCAGUGGAGAAGAGGAUGGAGGAUGACUUCUCUGAUAGCUACGGCAAGUACAUGGAAGCCAAAAAAGGAGCUGCCAACGGGGCUAAUGGUGCCAACAACGGGAAAGCUGCUGGGAUCCCACCUGCCUCUCCACCCACCACUCCCAACAACAGUUCAGCUUCCUCUGUCAAGACAGUUGCUCUUCCUGCCACACCAGUAGUGAAGACCGCUAUGGUUGGUUUGGUGGAUUACCCUGACGAUGAGGAUGAAGAAGAAGAUGAGGAGGAGGAAGAACAGUCUCCAAGGAAGCGGCCCCGUUUGAGUUCUUAAGGCUUGUUGUCCUCCCUUCAGUCGUGGUGGAUGGACACAGAGUCCCUCCCAUCAACCCUCCUCUGGUCGUCUCAUUGGUCCCUGGCCUGACUGUGCCACCUGUCAGUCUCUCUGAGGAGACGGGCAAAGACGAGCUCCACCCUCACUCAGUCACUUCUCAUAUCUGCUCCUCUUUCUUCCCUCCGUGGAAGGAGGUGAAAGGUUUCCCUUUUGGAAAGAAAGACAAAUCAAUCUGUUCCCUCAGCUUGUUGAUUUUUCUUCUUCCCGUUGCCUCCAAAUCUCCUUUCUUCCUGCCGAGGAGACCCUUGGCGAACUCACCCAUGCUCUUCUUUCUGAACUAGUUUCCACCAUCCCGUGUACCAAUCAGAGGAUGAAUCAGAGUCCUGAGUCAUUUCCCAAUUUUUUUCCUCUGUUGCUGCUCCUGCUCCAACAGUAGCCACUCUCCCUUUCAUCCUUUCUUGAACCUGAACCAAUGUGCUCCAGAGACUGGGAAAGCCAGAACACAACCAGCCAGUAUAUAUGAACUGCUCAGCAGGCCAGUCAGGCUAGCAGGACUAGCCACGAUAGUUAUAGAAAGCUUGACUGGCUGAAGCCACGUGUGCCGCCCCGCCACAGAACUUUUGUUUGGGGGGGGGUAGAGGGAUCUAGGAGACGUAGAAAAAUCAUUCAAAAAUUCUGAGAGACGAGGGAGCUGACGCGUCAGCCAGGAUGGAAACUCAGUACUCAGUAUCGAUGCUUAGAUCCAGAGGAGCAGGACUCAAACUUUCAAAAGCCAUGGCGUCAAUUUGGUCAAGGCACACACAAAACAACACACAGCGUAUUACGCACAGGACUGCGUCAACCAGAAAUCCUGUAUUUCACGAAAUGUUUAAGUACUGUACAGAUGUUCUUUUUUUUUUUUUUUUUCUUUUUAAUCAUUUGCCCCUGAUGUGAUUUUUGAAAGGGGAGAGAGAUGCCUACUUGCUUGUGUAUUUUUUUUUUUGUUUGUUUUUGUUACACAAAAAAGUGGGGGUCACUGUUCACCCUUUCAGUCAGUUCAUUUGAUUUAAUGUAAAAUGCAGAGAAGUCGCAAAUGCUGGUUUUAAAAAAAUAACGUAUUAAAACUGCAGUAAAGUCAUUUUUGCAGCCAACAUUUUGAGGGUGUCUGGAGUUUUGUAUUUUAGUCGGUUUUAAGACGUAGCGUCCCCGUCACGAUGCUCCGGACUCGUCCCAAGUCCAGCCUCACUUUUAACUGGGUGGCAGACCUGAGCUGUUGGUGUGCUCGGAGCACGUUCGCUUCGCGAGGUGCAGGUUUCGGCGCGCCCCCUCCCAGACAGAUCUCAGGUUCAGAGUUUAAUUUGCAUCAGAAACACCGACAUACCCACCUUGUCUGUAACACUGCUAGCCGUUGUAGCGUCUAAUUUAUUUCUGAGUGGCGGAGGAUUCUGGUGAGUCGAGGUGCUCGGAGGCUCUUGUCCCAGUUUGAAGGUCCAGGAUGGUCCGCUCCAGUUGAGAUCAGUUCAGUCUCGCGAUGUGUGGCUCAUUUCAAAGUUUCCUUUGGCCAAUUAAAACUCUGCAGAUCAAUUUUAAGUGGAAGGAAAACAUUUUUCUUUUUUCUUUUUUUUUCUUUUUUACUGUUUUUAAUUGAAUGAAUGUUUUUAUUAGUUAUGAUAAAGAUGAUUUAACCCUGCAGUGUUGUUCAAGAGGAGUAUUUCUGACACACCACAGGCUUGACAGUGUCAGAAGGACGUUUCAGGCUGGAAUAGAUCUUCUCUCCUGAUCUCAUAACAAGCACACUGAGGGGCAGAUGAAGGGAAAUCGAGACUUACUAAGAAAAUGCUAGAUGGCACCAUUAUCUUCAACUGUCUGAGUUGCACCAUGAGCAGCAGGGUGGGAGCACAAGGAAAAUGAUUGCCAAUGUGCUUUUCAGGAAUUCAACAGCACCUGAGCAGUGAAAUCGUCUUUCCUCCUGUCUGUUAGCGUCACCCAAUAAUAUGACUGUUUCUGCUCUCCCUUGAUGAAUUUGUACCAAGUGCAUUUACUACCACUAUCCAUUCUUAACAUUUGUAUGAAUUUAUUUGACAAGUUUUGAAAUUAAAUGUGACCCUGACAUUGAA